GUGCAAUUAAAAAUCUCAGGCGUGAACUUAAAAAAAAAAAAAGAAGAAGAAGAAGAAGAGAAUCAGACAUUUGCUAAUCCGACAGCCAUGGGAGAAGAGAAAUCUCAACUUCAAUUCCGUAGCAUCCCUUCUCUCAAGACCUCUGAUUUCGCUCUCACCAGUGAACCUUCAUGGAUGCUGCCGUCGAGAGGGAACACAAGAAGCGGUGGCGUUCUGAGCAAUUUCGCCUCCUUAUCGGUUGCAAUUAGGAGAGAUCGGAGGGAAUCUGGUGGAGCUUUCGCGUCCGUUUCGGUGGUGAUUCCCACCAAGGAAGAGGACGACGUAUUCGCGCCUACUUCGGCUCAGCUGUUGAAAAACCCCGUCGCACUUUUGUCAUUUGUACCGAAAGAUGCCGCUCUGUUUUUCGCCGGAGCGUUCGCCGGAGCCGCCGCAAAGUCAGUGACGGCACCGCUUGACCGUAUUAAGCUCCUUAUGCAGACGCAUGGUGUUCGAGCUGGGCAACAAAGUGCUAAGAAGGCUAUUGGCUUCAUAGAGGCGAUAAUGCUAAUUGGAAGAGAAGAAGGUGUUAAAGGUUAUUGGAAAGGAAACCUGCCUCAGGUGAUAAGGAUUGUGCCUUAUAGCGCGGUCCAGUUGUUUGCAUACGAAACAUACAAGAAACUCUUUAGGGGAGAAGACGGCCAAUUGUCUGUUCUUGGAAGGCUUGGGGCUGGUGCUUGUGCUGGCAUGACGUCGACCCUGAUAACAUAUCCUUUAGAUGUGCUGAGAUUGAGGUUAGCUGUUGAACCGGGGUAUCGAACCAUGUCCCAGGUAGCCUUGAACAUGCUGAGGGAGGAAGGAGUUGCAUCAUUUUAUAACGGUCUAGGUCCUUCGCUUUUAAGUAUAGCUCCUUACAUUGCCCUCAACUUCUGCGUCUUUGAUCUGGUAAAGAAAUCUUUGCCAGAGAAGUAUCAAAAGAAGACACAGGCAUCUCUACUAACAGCAGUGGUAGCUGCUGCUAUUGCUACGGGAACUUGCUAUCCGUUGGAUACCAUUAGAAGACAGAUGCAGUUGAAGGGUACUCCUUAUAAAUCCGUAUUAGACGCCUUUUCAGGAAUCAUUGAGCGUGAAGGAGUGAUUGGAUUGUACCGUGGGUUUGUCCCCAAUGCCCUGAAAAGCAUGCCAAACAGCAGUAUAAAGCUGACAACAUUCGAUAUCGUGAAGAAACUCAUUGCAGCGAGCGAGAAGGAGUACCAAAAAAUAGCGGAUGAUAAUCGUAAGAAAGCUGCCGCAACUCCACCUCCUCCUACCACAACUGAUGAAUAAACCUGAAGCUCUUUUUUCCCCCGUAAUGCAAUCAUCUUUUCUUUGUGUGUGUGUGUGUAUUGUUUGAAUGUUUUUUUUGUGGUAAGACGCAUGAUUUUUGAAUUGAAUCAUGAAGGCCACGCAGAGAGUUCAGUUCAUGUAUUUGUAUGGUAAUAAAUGGUCCGCCCCUUACGGAAUAAUUUUUCGGUUUACCAAAUAAAAAACCGGUUUGA